GAUAAGUUCCCUGAAGACAGUAUAAAAGGUAGGAGAGGGUUCCGAAGGAAAGAUUAUCGCAUUGGUGAUGGCGAAAGUGGAAAUACUCUUCCUUCUUCUCACACUCAAAUUAAUGUCAUUGCAAUAUAUGACAGAAGCUGCAGAGCAUGUAGUGGGUGGUGAUUCCGCUUGGAUUAUUCCAACAAAAAACCCUUCCCUCUAUUCCUCCUUCGCAGCAACCACAACAUUCAGAAUAAACGACACUCUUGUCUUCAACUUCCCAACAGGAGUUCACAACGUUGUCACCCUGUCGCAAAAACACUACCAAACUUGCAACGUCACCGACAUAAUUGAAUCCUUCAACACCUCGCCAGCCAAAAUCACUCUCAACCGCACCGGCGACUUCUACUUCGCGUGCGCCUUCCCGAGUCACUGCAGUCUCGGCCAAAAGCUCAGCAUUCAUGUCACCGCAGGAGGCUCUUCUUCCCUCACGCCAUCGGAAGCUCCCCCUCACUCGCGUGCCCCCACGCUCCUCGCUGUCACUGUCCCUGUCCUUCUCAUGGCAGUCGCCACUAAUCUCUUGUUUCAUUGUUAUUAAAAUCUUGUAAAAGCGGUUAUUUUUAUGUAUGUGGUCUGUCUUUCUGGUUGUCUGUAUUUGUUGUGUUUUGGCAAUAAAUUGAUGGUUUUCAUUUUCCAGCUGCAUUGACAAGGACAUUAACUGGAUUUGUGUUGUAGUGUGAGGAUUGUUGAUGAAUAAACGAAAAUUUUAAAUUA